GGCGUGUUGCCCUGCGGGUAGCCCCGCCCCCGACGCCCCCUCCUUGUUUGUGUUUUAUCAGAGGAGCGGACGGCAGCACUAGCAGGCAGCUAGCUCAGCCGUUUAAAUGCAGCCGGGGCUAAGCUGCCACACAUCACACGGCAUUCACACAAGAAGAUGUUUUAACUUAAAAAAACAAAACAAAACAUUUAUUUCUCCUCCAGGGCUUUUUUUAAAAAAGCCCGAGCAUACUGGCAUGAUUCCGGAGAAUGGAAACGGACGACGUGUCGGUUAGAGAGCAACUUUUCCACAACCGUGUCCGGGAGACGAUAAUCUGUGUACUCCUGUUUACAUGCCUUUACAUGGUGGCCUACCUCAUACUUACUCACUUCAAGAAGACUGCUGAGUUUGUCACAGAUGAUAUUGAAGAUGCCACAGUCAACAAAAUUGCGCUGUGGUUGUGCACCUUCACUCUGUCUGUCGCAGUGUGCGCUGUGCUCCUUCUCCCCAUCUCCAUUCUGUCCAAUGAGGUGCUGCUCACCUUCCCACAUAGCUACUACAUGCAGUGGCUCAAUGGAUCUCUUAUACACGGUUUGUGGAACCUAGUUUUCCUUUUCUCCAAUUUAUCCCUGGUCUUCCUCAUGCCCUUUGCCUACUUCUUCACGGAGUCCGAAGGAUUUGCAGGGUCCAAAAAGGGAGUCAUGGCACGAGUGUACGAAGCCGUGGUGCUGCUGUUGCUGCUGGCUCUGCUUGUGCUGGGCAUUGUGUGGGUGGCCUCAGCCUUCCUCCACGACAACAUUGCCAGGAAAAGCCUCUACGACCUGUGGGAGUAUUACCUUCCCUACCUGUACUCAGGCAUCUCUCUGUUUGGGGUGUUGCUGCUUUUGUUGUGCACUCCUUUUGGGUUGUCCCGAAUGUUCAGUGUCACCGGUAGCCUACUGGUCAAACCACGGCUGCUGGAAGAUGUAGAAGAUACUUUGAGCUGCACCACUUUUGAGGAAAACUCACUCUCCAGGAAACUGAACUGCGGCAGUACGUCGUGUUGGGUCCAGCUAAACAUGGAGGCAAUGAAAAAAGACUACCAAACAGUUCGGAGCCAGCGCAUCGCCCUGGAAAUGCGUAGGAAAGCAUCCCCAUGGCAGCGAAACUUGGGCUACCCACUGGCCAUGCUUGUGCUCCUUGCACUGACGGUGAUGUGUGUACUGAUGGUCUGUUUCAAUGUAUUGGAAUUACUCCUGGAUGAGACGGCUAUGCCGAGAGGAAUGGAGGACCCUCACCUGGGGAUGGCCUCCUUCUCCAUGUUCGGCUCACUGGGUGCUGCAGUUCAAGUAGUCCUCAUCCUCUAUCUGAUGGUGUCAUCGGUGGUGGGCUUUUAUAGUUCUCCUCUCUUCACUGGCCUCCUGCCUCGUGCACAGGACACCAACCUCACACAGAUCAUCGCAAACUGCGUGUCACUGCUCAUCCUGAGCUCUGCACUGCCAGUGUUUUCACGUACACUUGGCAUCACCCGCUUUGAUCUACUGGGAGAUUAUGGUCGGUACAACUGGCUUGGGAACUUUUACAUCGUCUUCCUGUACAACAUGCUGUUUGCUGGCCUCACCUCUGCCUCCCUUAUUAAGACAGUCACCUGGGCAGUACAGAGAGAGCUCAUCCGUGCCUUUGGCCUCCACAGACUGCCUUUAACUGUGUCACGCUCCACCGUCCCCUUCAGACUCCUCCUGGCCAGUGGACUGUCUAAAAUCCAGUGACUUUCCCCCCUCAGCACUGCCCUUCCUAACCUUUUAUAAACCCAGCCACUUGAAAUGUGCACCUGUUGGAUUCAAAACAUUCCCGAUUCAGUCUCUUUGACUGUGAGAAAGUGACGAGUCUGCCUUCAUUGUCUUCAGUGGGAGCUCUGCUUGAAGCUGUGAUCAAUAUAUCAGGGUCAGUUAUUUGACUGCUAGGACAAAUACUGGUAUAAGCAAUUAGCUGAGUCAUGCUUACAAAUGGAACAUGGGGAAAAGGGAUUUAAGAAAUAUUGGCAGUCAUGCCAUAGUGGACAGUAACAGAGCAAUGCCCCCACAAAACCUAACGCCUAGUGAAAAGAGGAUCCAGUGGAUAGCCGUUGCUCUGUUGACACAUGUAAAAGUCAGCAAAGUUAUUUUGAAAUAUCACAUUGUAACUGUGACAUAAUUUCCUCUUCCUGCUCCAGGUCGAUUGAGUGCUCUCUCUUUCUCCGUGGCUUCCCCACACUUUCCUCUCUUGGGUUGUAUCACUAUUUUAAGAUUGGAAAUCUUGCUUCCAUGUGUUUGGUGGUCCAGUCUGCAGUGUUAUGUUGAUUAAUGAGAGGAAGUUGGUAUUGGAAUGUAUUUGCAGGUUAAACAGGGAAUAUGAGAGUGUGUUAAUAGUCUUAGAGCUCUCUUACAAACUCUGUUUACUUGUAGGAUUAAGAGCAUUUUCUAUGGUGAUAUCAUUGAGCAGGGUUUUUACUUUGUAGAUGACAGUAAGCUCACCGAGUGUGAGGAUUACUCUGAUUUUCAGAACAAUACACUAAAAAGAAAGCUUUACACUUUGUCUUAUGCAAUAUUGUUUUUUUAAUGCCAUGUGUCUCUCACUUGGGAGGAACUUCUGCCUUUUGACCAAUCAAACUGUGAAUCAUUUAAGAAUUUGUGUGGGGGAAGUGCAAUAUUUUAUAAGCAAAAGCACACUUUUUAACUUUACCAAAAGUAACUUGUAUGCUUUCUUUUUCAUCUCAUUCCUCUUUGUUGGAUAUCGGGUGAAUACUUAGUAUAGUUAGAAUGUUUUUCAGUAGGCAAAUAUGACUAUCGAUCCAUGUAAUCUGGUGUCAGUUGUUUCUAUAUUUUGAUGACCGAACCGAUUAUUCCGUUAUGUUCAUCAGCUGUAUCUCAUCAUACUCAAUGUGUUGGUGAGCCUGUGUCACCGUUUGCCUUUGCUGCUGUAUCAGCAGGUUAUUUAGCUGUUGGUUUGACCAGCAGGGGACAGUGUUUCUCAAACCCAACACCAGCCUCUGUGUUGCGUGAGACUCUCUCUCUGGUUAGUUUAUAUGUAUUAUAUACGGAGCACUCUGAGGUUUACUCAUUUCACUUUAUCUGGGAUUUUUUUUCUUUUGGUUUCUGGGAACACGCAUUUUUAUAAUGUACUGUUUUUAUCUUUAUUUAUGGGCAUUUUGGGAUCUAUACUUCACAAGUCGAGUUAACAUUUGUUAAAAAUGUUGAAUGUGAUGCCGCUGAGACAAAAAAAAUCUUUAGAGUUGUUCUCAAAGAUAAAAAAUGGUGUUUAUUGUUUACCUUUGAAAUGCUCUGAUGUUUCAGGUUUUCUGAAUUUUUAACCAUCAUUGUUUUAUGAGAAGAAAGCAAUAAAAAUUGUCCUGUUUUUAA